AUGCCUGAGCUGGACAGAAAAUGGGGGACGAUGUUUGCUGUGAAACGCUGUCAUCCAGGAAAUCGCCUAGUCAAGGAGUGUGGUCAAAACCCAAAAGACCUUUGUACACCCUGUGAGCCUGGGACCUAUACAAUGGAUCCUACAAAGUACAGCUGUUACCCUUGUACACAGUGUGUAGGUGCUCAGGUCACUCUACAAGCCUGCACUGCCACAACUGAUACCAAGUGUGGCUGUAGAGAAGGACUUACUUGUGGUGAUGAAAGUUGUUCCUUCUGUGUGAAGACAUGUGAAAAAGGCUUUGAACCUACAGAGUAUCGUGAUUGCAGAAAAUGUCCAAAUGGAACUUUUAACGACAAAGUUCACCAGAAGUGCAAACCCUGGAGCACCAAGUGCUCCAAUCCAAAUGAGCAGAUUGUGUUCAAAGGAGAUGCAUUAAAUGACAUUAAGUGUGUUCCAGUUAUACCUCAGACAACACGUGGCCCAAAAGUUGAACCAUCUGCUCAAGACCCGAUAUGGCCACUGCUUGUUAUCGUUGGCAUACUUGUGUUGUUCCCCGUCACCAUCAUCAUUAUCAUGAUCGUGGCUGUGAAAAAACUCCAGAAAAGAAAGAAGACAAAGAAGAGAAUUCAUGAAAAAAUCAUUGUAAACCCUACAGAUGACCCCAGGACAUUAAUUGCAAUAGAGUGCAGUUUCCAUGAGGCUCAGCAGGAACAGGGCAGCACUUGCAGCUCAGAGUCACUGGACUCUAAGGACUCUUCAGAACAGCUGAUUGCAUGAAUGGAAGGACCUGGACUAGAAAGCCGCAUGGAAGUAGCUUUUUCAUUUAAGGAAACAGGAUUUUACAGCUAAAAUGGGAUUCUUCUUUCUUCAUACUGAGCCACUUUUUGUUUUGUUUUUUAAAAAAAAAAAAAUGUCUUUGUUAUACCAAGUUGCUUAGGUCAGCUGUUUUUAUUCUAGAACAGCAUAAGCUAUUGUGAACAAAAGGCCUAAUAGGUCAAAACAAACUGUAACAUCUUGCUCAGUUUUAACAACUGGAUACAGUUUUAGUGAUCCUUCAAUAACACAAGAGGAAGGGGAAUUCUGAGAGGGGGAAGAAAAGAGUGGACUUAACAAUAGGUUAUUCACCAUGUAAAUUCUAACAGAAGGCUGUUUUUUUGCCUUCUUGAAAUGUGAAAGCAGUCAUGAAAUAACAACGAAUGGAAGACAGCCUUUUUGCUAUUACAUUUUUAACUGCGUUCAAAGUUCAGUCCACUCAUCCCAGUACAUCGUAAAACAGCUGUAGUGAGUAAGAGCAUGAUUGAGACUCAUUAAUCUGGUAUUUGCACACCUGAGCGGUAAAGCUGCCAAGUAUGCUCAGUUUGAAAAUACGAUGUGGGUGAGUGCGCAAGUGGGUGUAACAGACUGAUUUUAGUCAUAUUAGUUUCUGAGCCUUUAUAUUACCUCCCAGUAGUAUGGUUUUACAUAUGCUCAAAGCCUGAACAUAACAUAGCAACCUACCUGCUGUUUAUGGCAGCUGUUUUGUUGUUUUAAUUGUUUUAUCUGUUGGUCAUUUACAGUGUCUUUUUUUUUUAAUAAUUAUUAUGUGUUAAAUUGUGAAAAUAGGUAGCUAGACACAUGUAGCCUCUUCCACUCCACUGAACAUUACCAGGAACUAUAUGGACUUUCCAACUGUUGCUUAACUGGUCAAAAAAGUCCAGUGAAGGGACUUCCCUAUUUUAAGUAGAUAAAGCUACAAUUCAAGCUGAAGCACUAGGGAGGCCUAAUAGUGAAAUGCGGAUUGUACAGAAUGAUUUGCAAAUGGAAGGUAAAAACUGUUCAGCUGUGACAAUCACUGAGCAUGUUAAGGCAUGCUGUAUGACUAAGUGUUUAUCAGAUCAAGUAUGCGUUUAACAGGUCAUAUCAGAAUAAAAAGAAAACAUGAAAUGCUCAAAAGCUUAGUAACACAAUUGCGAAAAUGUUUUAGAAUUCCUCACGAAUGCCACAUGGGAAAUCCACCAAUUAUCACUAUAACUCCUGAAUGUCUUGGGAAAUCCUGUGAACAAAUAUGCUUGACUAAUAUAAAUGAUAUGCAAGCUAAGCUCAGGGGCCAAGUGGAAACCCCCCAGAGAGUCUUGUUACUUUUAUUUUCUUCUAGAACAGCAGAGUGGGCAGCAACAUUAGACCAAACGGUUUUUUGUUUUAAAUUCUAUUGCUCCCCUGGUCUUUAGAAGGCGAGUGUUUCUUCAUGGAACAUUUGAGAAAUAUACUGUGUGGGCUUUGCCUGAAAAUGUUUACCCACGCCUAUAGUAAUAGAGCAACGUAUGAGUCACUGCUCCAGCAAAGCAAAAUCAGUUAAAGACUUCAAAGUUCACAGGUGGCGCAGUGAAAAAGUGUUAACAUUACAGUACAGUCAUACAGUGACAUUUUAAUACGACUGCAGCACUUUAUUAUACCUGCUGAAUGUUACCUGCUGAAUGUCAUGUACUUUUGAUUUGAAUGUAUAAUUUUUGUCUCAUGGUGAUUUCCUGUGAAAUGUCUUCAGCUGUCUAUAGUACUGUAUAAAACUGAUUAUAUGUAUUUUUACACUGUACUUACAUGACAUUUUUGAACACACAGUAAAGAUUGUAUUUAUUAUGUACAGAA